AUGCGAUAUCUCCAAUGUCGACGUACAAUCUACAGUCUAACUGGCAAAUGGCCCAAAACUGCAGCAAUCGAACGAACGAAAGAGAUAGAAAAACAUUGGAUACCAAAAUUAUUUGAAGAACAUGAAAAAUAUCAAUUAGAACAAGAUAAUGAUCAAAAACAAAAGAUGUAUAUUCUACCCAUGUUUCCUUAUCCAUCUGGUCGUUUACAUAUGGGUCACGUUCGUGUUUAUACUUUAAGCGAUACUUUAGCACGUUAUUAUCGAAUGCGAGGCCAUCGAGUUGUUCAUUGUAUUGGUUGGGAUGCGUUCGGUUUACCAGCUGAAAAUGCUGCUUUUGAACGAUCCGAAGAACCUGAUCAAUGGACAAAAACAAAUAUUGCUUAUAUGAAACAACAAAUAAAACAGCUUGGUUGUAGUUUUGAUUGGAAACGAGAAUUAUCAACAUGUGAUCCAAAUUAUUAUAGAUGGACGCAACAUAUAUUUCUUAUGUUAUAUCAUGCAGGACUAGUUUACCAAAAAAAGGCAGCUGUUAAUUGGGAUCCUGUUGAUCAAACCGUACUAGCAGAUGAACAAAUCGAUGAAGCUGGUCGUUCAUGGAGAUCUGGCGCAAUUGUAGAAAAAAAAUAUUUAAAGCAAUGGUUUAUUCGCACGCGCGCAUUUACGCAGUCACCAUCGUCAACAGUAUUUUUACCUCCACCACCUACGGGUUUUGAACUCGUAUGCGUACAAAUUGUUGCUCGACAUGGUUCUCGAGCAUUAGAAGGUCGAAAAUAUGAUAGAUUAACAACAGAACUAUGGAAACAAGCAAAAGAAGAAAAAACAUUAACAAAAUAUGGCGAAAAGUUCGGUGACGAUCUUCAACACUUUAUCGCUGCCAAUGAUAAAUUAGGACGUGGCGAACUUGCUGGACUUGGUAAGAUUGAGCACCAAAAUCUUGCCCACCGUUUAACUAAUCGUAUUUUACCAUUAUUUACGGAAGUUUUCUUGAGUAAUUCAUCAAGACGUAUUCAAGUUAUUGAUAGUGGUAAAUCUCGUACAGUGGCAAGUUUAAAUGCAUUUGUUCAAGGUUUACCAUUACGCAUAACUUCUCUAAUCGAUUAUGAACCAGCAAAUCCCACUCUGCUUUCUUUCUAUGAGAAUAAUAAAUAUCAAACAUAUAUUAAAAAAGAGAAAUAUAUAAAGAAUAAACUUCGAUCCAUUCAAAUGCAACCAUAUUCAAAACAAAUGGCUCGUAGUAUACUUGAACGAUUAUAUGAUGAAUCGUUUAUUGCUAGACUUACGAAUGGAUCAUAUUUUAUAGUCGAUGUUGAAUCUGGAAAAUCGAUAAGAAAUGAAGUAGAUGCUGUUCGUAUGCUUCAUGGCCUAUAUUUAAUUGGUUCAAAUCUACGAGAAGAGGGUGUUGAAUCUUUAUUAGAAAAAUAUUUUAAUGUAAACGAAUCAGCUUGGUUUGCUUAUCUUCAAGAUGCAAAAGAAUAUUAUGAAAAAGGUCCAGGAUAUACAAAUCAAACUAUAAUCAAUGAAAUGGCUCAAAUAUUACUUGACGAUUUCUUUCAUCAUUCAGAGCAAUGUUCUCAAGUAGAUGCAAAAUAUUUUCUUCGUGCACGAUUUGGUCACGCUGAGACUAUCAUCCCCUUUGUAACACUUCUGAAAAUACCUAUACUGAGUGACAAAUCAACAUCACUUAAUGAAACAUAUACACAUGAAAAUAAUGGUUGGCGUGGUGAAUUAAUUUCACCUAUGGCAGCUAAUAUUCAAUGGGAAAUAUAUCGACGUUCUAACAACAGUACACCAGAUAAUAUUGCGCAACAUCAAAUACUUAUGCGAAUGUUAUUUAAUGAAUAUCCUGUUCCGUUUAAAUAUGAAUGUCAACCAUAUAACAUGAAUAAUCAUUAUUUCUAUACAAUUGAUGAAUUAAAAAAAUGUUAUAGAAUGAAUGAACUCUAA